UUCCUCUCUCUCUCUCUCUCUUUCUCUCUCUCACGCCGACGAUGUCGAACACCGCUUUAUCCCUUUCCUUCCUCUCUCCCCUCGCCUCGGGGUCUCGCCCCAAGCCCCGAAACCCUAGCACAAGACCCUGCCCUCGAAACCCUAACCCUAACUCUAACCCCAAAUCCCGCCGCCGCGGCGGCGGCUCCUCCCGUCCCCCAGCCUCCCGCUCCGGCGGCGGCGGCGGCGGCGGCGGCGGAGGCGGAGGCGGCGUCGCCACUACCUACACCCGCCUACCCCCCAGGGACGACUUCGCCCUCGACGCCUCCUCGCUCAGGUUCUCCCUCUCCUCGCCCUCGAACUCCGACGUGGUCACCCUCGACGAGUCCCCCGUCCCCGCGGCGGAUCUCGCGACGAAAAGUAGGAGGAACCCGAGAGAUCCGAUGUUGGUACGAGAAAUCGAAGAUGAUGAUGAUGGUGAGGAGGAGGAGGAGGAGGAGGAGGAGGAGUUGUUUGAGUAUGGAGCGGAGGAAGAGGAUGGGGUGGCAUUUGAUGCGGCAUUGGACGAGGAAGGGUUCGUGGAGGAUGGGGAAUUCGAGGGGGAUGUGAAGGAGAAGGGGGUUCCCGCGGUUAUGAGGUGCUUUGAUACUGCAAAGAUAUAUGUCAAAGCCGGAGACGGCGGGAACGGCGUAGUUGCGUUCAGAAGGGAGAAGUUUGUGCCCUAUGGAGGUCCUUCAGGCGGCGACGGUGGGAGAGGAGGAGAUGUGUAUAUAGAGGUCGACGGGUCGAUGAAUUCGUUGCUCCCGUUUAGGAAAGCUGUGCACUUUAGGGCGGGGAGGGGUGGGCAUGGGCUGGGGAGGAAGCAGGGCGGUGCGAGGGGUGAGAAUGUUGUGGUGAUGGUCCCGCCAGGAACGGUGAUAAGAGAAUCACAGACCGGAGCGGUUUUGUUGGAGCUGAUGCGCGCUGGGGAGAGGGCGCUGCUGUUGCCCGGCGGGCGGGGUGGGCGGGGGAACGCUUCGUUCAAGUCGGGGACUAACAAGGUCCCGAAGAUUGCGGAGAAUGGAGAAGAAGGUGCUGCAAUGUGGGUGGAUCUGGAGCUUAAGUUAGUUGCUGAUGUGGGGAUUGUUGGUGCACCAAAUGCUGGAAAAAGCACCCUUUUAAGUGCCAUAAGUGCUGCUCAACCAGCUAUAGCUAAUUAUCCCUUUACAACGUUGCUUCCAAAUCUUGGAGUAGUCUCAUUAGACUUUGAUGCGACAAUGGUUGUCGCAGAUCUACCUGGUUUACUUGAAGGUGCACAUCGUGGCUUUGGUUUAGGUCAUGAGUUUUUAAGACAUAGUGAAAGAUGUUCUGUACUGGUGCAUGUUGUUGAUGGUUCGGGGCAGCAGCCAGAGUAUGAGUUUGACGCAGUUCGUUUGGAACUGGAAUUGUUCAGCCCAUCUUUGGCUGAGAAACCCUACAUCAUUGUAUAUAAUAAAAUGGAUCUCCCAGAAGCAUAUGACAGAUGGGAUUUGUUCAAGGAACACUUGCAGUCUCGCGGCAUCCAGUCUUAUUGCAUCAGUGCAAUGAACAGGCAGGGAACGCAUGAUGUCGCAUGUGCUGCAUAUGAAAUUUUGCGGAAAGAAAGGGAAGAAAAGAAGGAAGUCGAAGAGUGGAGAAGUCCAGUGAAUCUUAAUCAUGUUGCUGAUACUAUACAAAGGCAAAGAAGCACUUCCAUGAAUGAAUUUGAGAUCUUCCAUGAUAGCAGCACGAAUACAUGGCAUGUUUUUGGAGCUGGAAUCCAGCGGUUUGUUCAAAUGACUAAUUGGCAAUAUACAGAGUCAUUGAGGAGAUUCCAACAUGCUUUGGAUGCAUGCGGUGUCAACAAAUCUCUUAUCAAGCGCGGAGUUAAAGAAGGUGAUACAGUAAUAGUUGGUGAGAUGGAGAUGGUUUGGCACAAUGAAACUGAAAAGAUCAGUUCUUCAAGCACGAGAAAGAGAGUAGAUGGGUCUAUUAAAUGGCCGGAGUUUGGCUAGGACACGAGAAAUUUUCAAGGUUCAAGGAAGUAUGAAGUCAGCAGGUUUUCAACAUUACAAAGGAUCAGUCGUGAUACUUCUGUUUCUGAUGCUGGUAUCGACAAUUUUGGCACCGAAAUGAGCUUACGUAAUGGCUUCAGGGCACUGGAAUAUAUAUAAAUAUUAACUCCAGGAUAAAUAAUGUGAAUUGCGACUGCUAAAGCUAAAGAUUAUUAGCUGCACAACCCCCCACCUCACAAUCUUGCAGUGGAGUCAAACAGUGGAUGAACCUGGAUCUCUCUCUCAUUCUGAGUUCUCUCUCUCUCUCUCUCUCUCUGAGUUUCUUGUAUCUUAUUUAUUGGCUGAAUUCUGUGUAUUGUUCAUAAGAAGUGUGUAUGCUCUCUCUCCUCUCAUCUCUUUUUGUGUUUUUCGCUUCCGUUGGUGCUAUUUGAUUUAAAAGUAGUCGAUUAUGGAAUUAUUCA